AUGAAGUUAGUGGAAUCUAACAGAAAUGACAGACUACAAUUUCGCAAAAAAGAAAAAGAAAAGAGCCCUAAAGUUAUGGAUUUUGAUGAAGCUCAGAAAAGCGUAAACAGAAGUGAAGUCAUGGAAUUUAACCAAAGUGCUAUUUAUAAAACUACGUUCAGGCUCUUGGGUUUGUCCACUACACCUGGACAUCAGAUGCUCUUAUUUUGGAUAUUUACUUUCAUGUAUGUAUCAGCUUUGGCUGGUAACUUCCUCCUGAUUCUUGCCAUUGGCAUUUGUAGCAAACUCCACACACCUAUGUACUUUCUUUUGGUCAAUCUCUCUGUGGUGAAUUUGUGUUCUAUCUCUAUAACUAUUCCCAAAAUGCUUCAGAAUAUUAUGGAUCAAAAAAGGACCAUCUCUUUUUCAGGUUGCAUUGUUCAAAUGUUUCUUUUUGGCUGGGCUCUGGGGACAGAGAUUCUCUUACUUUCCUUUAUGGCUUUUGAUCGGUAUGCUGCUAUUUGCCAGCCACUACAUUACAUGAUCAUUAUGAAGAAAGAGGUGUGUGUUGGAAUAGUCACUGGAGCCUGGGUUGUAGGAAUGGCCAACUCUGUAGUACAUGCUAGCCUUUUGCUAAGGUUGUCUUUCUGUGACUCUGAAGAUAUCAAUCAUUUUUUCUGUGACCUGCCUUCACUAUGGAAACUGUCUUGCUCUGACAUCAGCCUGAAUGAAAUAAUGGCAUUUGCAGCUGAUGUGACCUUUACAAUGAGUAGCUGUACACUUACACUAAUAUCUUAUUUACUUAUUUUGAGAACUAUCAUGAAGAUCCAAUCAGUCAAAGGGAAGAAGAAAGCAUUUUCUACUUGUUCCUCCCAUCUGCUAAUACUACAUUCUCUAUGAAGAAAGGGCAAGCAGGAAUGGGAAAAUUGG